UAAUAUAUAUACAUAUAAAUUAUUCUUAAGAAAUAUUUUUUGAUUAUUACCCAUUUUUCCAAACUGUGUUUCUUGCUUUUCCCAAAAAUGGGUCAUCACAUUAACCUCUAAAGAUUGAAUCUUUUUGGUUUCUUGAAAAAAAAGGUGUAGUGAUUAUGAAGAAUGAUAAGGGGAGUAUGGAGCUUGUGAAGAAGAAAAAGAGGUUUCUUCAACUAUAUCACUAAACAUUUUUAGGGAUGGACUUGCAUAAGGGGAUGAUGAAUUAGUCAAACAAUGACAGUUUGUAUGACUUUUGAGAGGGUGGUCAGUAAAUCUAUAGUCAAUCAAGAUAGUGAUAUUGAUGGAGGAGAUUCUUCCGGCGGUGAUAGUGCCAUUAAGUUUAGGUAACUCGAUUUCUAAAACCGUGAGUUUGGAGGAAACAGCAAGUUUUGUUAUAUUUAGUGGGAUACAACAAGUUAUGGCAGAAAAAAGUAGUAAUAUAAAUGAAGAUUGUAAUCAUUCUCAAGAUGAUGGAUUUCAAGAAAGUGAAGACGAAUUAUUGUCGUUGGAAGGUGACAGAGUGUUGGAUAGCUCGUGUACACUUUCGGUAGUUAGUGAUUCAAGUAGUUUGUGUGCUGAAGAUUUGAUAGUGUUGGAGAAUGUGACUUCUGAAAUAAGUACAUUGGGAUCACAAGAUGGUGAAAAGAGUGUUUAUGCAGUUGAGGAUAAAAUCGUCAUUUCUGAACAAGUUACGAGUGGGAGUGGCAUAGUAGCCCGAAGUGUUUUUGAAGUGGAUUGUGUUCCGUUAUGGGGAUUUACUUCUAUCAUUGGCAGGAGACCUGAAAUGGAAGAUGCAGUUGCAACCGUGCCUAGAUUUUUGAAAAUUCCUAUUCAAAUGUUGACCGGUGAUCGUGGUCCUGAUCAGUUGACCAAAAGUCUGAGCCAUCUGACCACCCAUUUCUUUGGUGUCUAUGAUGGCCAUGGUGGUUCUCAGGUGGCAAAUUACUGUAGUACGCGUCUUCAUACCGCUUUACAAGAGGAAUUAGAGCCUCUUAUGGCGAGCUGGGCUGGAGACGAAAGUGGUAUUAACAAUGAUAAUAGUUGCAGAGAAAUGUGGAAGAAAGCAUUUUUUAAUUGUUUUCUUAAGGUUGAUAAUGAAAUUGGAGGAAAACAAACAAACGGUGAACCAGUUGCUCCGGAAACGGUGGGCUCCACAGCUGUUGUUGCUGUAAUUUGUUCUUCCCAUAUCAUAGUUUCAAAUUGUGGUGAUUCAAGGGCUGUUUUAUGUCGAGGGAAAGAAGCUAUGGCACUCUCUGUGGAUCAUAAACCAAAUAGGGAAGAUGAAUAUGCAAGAAUUGAAGCGGCUGGAGGCAAGGUCAUACAAUGGAAUGGCCAUCGUGUCUUUGGUGUUCUAGCAAUGUCAAGAUCCAUUGGUGAUAGGUAUCUCAAACCUUGGAUCAUCCCUGAUCCAGAAGUGACAUUCAUUCCACGAGCCAAAGAAGAUGAAUGUUUAAUUCUUGCAAGUGACGGUUUAUGGGAUGUGAUGAGCAAUGAGGAAGUAUGUGAAAUUGCCAGAAAAAGAAUACUUGUUUGGCAUAAAAAGAAUGGCGGGACCAACCUUCCUCAAGAAAGAGGCGAAGGAAUUGAUCAUGCAGCACAAGCGGCUGCAGAAAGCCUAUCAAACCGCGCUUUGCAAAAAGGAAGUAAAGAUAACAUUACAGUGAUUGUUAUAGACUUGAAAGCACAAAGGAAGUUUAAGACAAAAACAUGAUGAUAGUAAAACAAAUUCAUAAGUGUACAAUGUUAUUGUCUAGUGUAUUUAGAAAAACAAAAAAAGCCCAUUUGUUUUUGCAUAUGGGAAUUAUGUUUGUUUGUCAAUGUAAAUGUUUAGGAUGUUUUUGUAGCGAAGGUUAGGGUUUCAUUUUAUUUGUUCUCUUAUUGUUCAUCCUCCAAGUUUAAAAGGCUUUGUGAGGUAUUGUAAAUUUUAUUGGAAUAAAGUGUAUCAUCUUAUAUGUUUGACAACUA